CUCUUCUGUCCAUAGAUCAAGGUAUCCAUCAUGUCUUCUCAAAAGUUCACCCAGUACCUCCUCGAGAAAUACGCCGCAGACUUUCAAAAAGCGACCAACCAUCCCUUCUUGGAACAGUCUGGUAAUGGUUCCAUCGAUAUUAAACCUUUGAGGUCUUGGUUGAAGCAGGAUUACUUGUACGCCUAUGUUGGGUAUCCCAAGUUUGCAUCCGCCCUUCUCUCCAAGCUCCACUUCCCCACCCCCCUCUUCUCUCACCCAACCCCAAACCUCUCCAAAGCCUUCUCCGUCCUCUCCUUCUCCCUCGCCAACGCCAAACGCGAAACCCAAUUCUUCGUCGACACUGCGAAACAGCACGGGCUCGAUGUCUUUUCGCAGGAAGCGAAUGAUGGUGCUGAAGACGGUGGUAAGGGGUUGUUGGGCGAGUAUAAUGAGGUGACGAGGGCGUAUGUGGACUUUUUGCAAGCGACGGGGGCUUUAGGGAGUGUUGAAGAGGGGUUUGUGGUCAUUUGGACUAUGGAAAUUGCCUACUUGACAGCAUGGCAAUACGCCAAGACGUACCACAAAGAGCUCGCUGCCGCCGAUCCCGCAAGCCUCACGCAGACCCAACAGGCGCUCGUCAAGUUCGUCGAUAAUUGGACGUGUGACGAGUUUGUAGAGUUUGUGGAGGGGUGUGCCGAGAUUGUCGAUGGGGCUGGGAUCGAGAUCGGGAGCCCGUUGGCUGAGAGGUGUGAAGAGGUGUUUAAGAGGUGCAUCUGGUUGGAGCAGCGCUUUUGGCCUCAGCUAUAAGCAGUCUGCUGGUUAGCUUCAAAUGUUAUCAUAACCGUGGUAGCCAGUGUAGCCACAUUGAAAAACGUCACAAUGCUAUGCAUUAUCGUGGUAUGCGGACA